ACACCCGAGAUACCAAUUUGCCGCAGUAUAUGCGGUAUCGGCCGUGCGAUAGCACGUUUCUUCGCGAAGGGCUUCCGAUCGGCUUAUAAUGACAAAGUCGGGAAAUUUAACGAGGAACGUAUGUCCGGUGUAAACGCGGAUCGACGAGCAUGGAUCAGCUGAUUAUCUUCGUGUCGGCGGUGCACCUGUUGUAUUGUCCGUUCACGAAAGUCGAGGAAAGCUUCAACAUGCAGGCUAUGCACGACCUCCUCUACCACGGCUUGAAUCUUACGGAGUACGAUCACCAUGAGUUUCCUGGAGUCGUGCCACGUUCUUUUCUGGGACCCAUUAUAGUGUCCGGUAUCGCUUCACCGCUAGUGGCAACUAUUAAUUACCUAAAGCUCAACAAAUUUUUUGCUCAGUAUGUAGUGAGAGCAACUUUGGGAUUAUUGGUGAUAAUUACGUUGAAGCUAUACAGAAGAGCUUUGCAAAAUAUCUUUGGCCUGCAGUUUACAAAAUGGUUUAUCGCUAUAACUGUGACACAAUACCACUUUAUGUACUAUCUCAGUCGUCCGCUGCCAAAUAUAAUGGCUAUGCCUUUAGUAUUGCUGGCCUUAUUUGGAUGGUUGAGACAGAGUCAUGGGGUAUUUAUCUGGUCGUCAGCUGCAGCGAUAAUAAUAUUCAGAGCUGAACUCGCUAUACUGUUGGGAAUAUUCCUUUUGUACGAUAUAGCCUACCUGAAACUUUCAAUAUCAAGAGUGCUUAAAAUUGCGGUUCCAGCUGGUGUAUUGUUCCUAGCGCUUACUGUUGUCGCGGAUUCGAUAUUCUGGAGACGUUUAGUAUGGCCAGAAGGCGAGGUGUUUUACUUCAAUGCUGUACUUAAUAAGAGCAGCGAAUGGGGUACAUCGCCAUUUUUAUGGUACUUCUACUCGGCGCUACCGAGGGGCCUAGGGCUCUCGUAUCUCUUGAUUCCCUUAGGAAUGUUCUUGGAUACUAGGGUGCGCAUGCUCACCGUUCCAGCUAUCGCAUUCGUGAUAUUAUUCUCAUUCUUGCCGCACAAGGAAUUGAGAUUCAUCAUAUAUGUGUUCCCACUGCUGAACGUCGCCGCCGCUGCCGCUUGCCACAGAAUAUGGGAAAACAGAGCAAAAACAACGUGGAAUGGUUUUUUAGCGCUGGUAAUCCCGGGCCAUCUCGCACUAAACACUCUGUUCUCCAUGUUUCUGUUGUGCGUGGCUGGCUCGAAUUACCCAGGAGGUGCGGCGAUCGCUAGAAUCCACCGACUCGAGAGAGACUCGAUCGAGCCGGUGCACGUGCACAUCGACGUGCUGACUGCGCAAACAGGAGUCUCGAGAUUUACGCAAACCAACGCUUCUUGGACUUACUCGAAACAAGAGAACAUGACCGUCGACGAUCCUGAAAUGCUGCAGUUCACUCAUCUCUUGAUGGAGGCGAAGAGCAAGUAUUCACCAAAUAUAAAGCCCUACCUCAAAACUCACGACAUUGUUGACUCCGUCGAUGGAUUCUCGCAUAUAGCGUUUAAUUACCACAUGUUGCCACCUAUUAGAAUUAAAACGAGGCCUACCAUAUUUAUUAUCAAGAGAAAAACGAAUAUCAAGUACGAUCCUGACAAAGCGAGAUCACGAGUUUCUUCGAAAGAUUUUCUACAACAGAUAGAUGGCACAGAUGACAAAGAGGAGGAAGUAGAAUUAAAUACGUCGCAUGAAACGAUGACAGGGGCGAAUCCAAUAUUUGACGACAUUGUCGAGUCACCAGACGAAUUUGUAAGUCCGGAGGAAAUUGACGAACAAAAUGCUUCAGAUAUUGAAGUUGAACAUAUUGUAGAAACAAGUGAUAAUAUCGAAGAAGAAGAAGAAGAAGAAGCAAAGAAAAAUAGUGAUCUUACAGACGAUAGUAUAACAUCCCUGGAAAAUGUUCAAAUUGAAAAUGCAAAUAGAUUAUUGCCAAAUUUAAAAGAUAAGGAAAGAGAGGAAGAUUCUGAUUUACAAGAUUUCGAAAAUGUAUCCAACAUUGAUGAUGACGCCAAAUCUAACGAGGAAGUAAAACCGAAAUUCGGAGAAGGCAAAGUUAUUAGGGGGAGACAUAAGAACAACUUGAAUCUACGCCAAGAAAGCAUUAAGGAAUCGGUCAAAAAGAUCAUCCAAGAGAAGAUGCAAGAAGUGAAGCAAAAGAGAGAAAUCAAGGAUGAGCAAAAGAACACGGAACAUCCGAUAAAACCGGUGAUGAAGAAAGAAAUGGUAGCGACAGGAGAACUACCAAAGAAAAUAAAAAUGUUAAAACAAGAACCGAAGGAAGCAUCAUUCUUGAAUGAUAAACCAACACCGAUAAGAGAAAGAGUGAAGAUUACGAGAGGAGUUGUGGGAGAUGAAGAUACAGUCAAUAAACAGAAAUUGAUCAAUAAAGCGAAGAAUAUUACACAGAAGGCAGAUAAAAUCCAGACGAUGGAGCCUGAUUUGGAGCCAGUCACGGAUGAGGAAGAUACGACCGUGGAACGAGAAAAUGAAUCCAUGGAAAUCGCGAUGGAAGAGAUUGCAAAGGCACAGGAUGAAGUUGACACGGAAUCGCCUAAGAUUCCAGAAAUUGUAGAAGAAAUUGUAGAAGUGGGCGACAAAGAGAACGUUAAAUUACCGAAACCAACGAAUGUAAGGGAGAGCAUAAGAAACAUAAUAAAUCAAUUUAAAGAAUUUGAGAGGGAUUUUGUGUACGAUGACGCGGAUUCAAAGGUGUCCGACACGAGCGAUGUGAAUCGUAUUAAAAGCGACGUGAUAGAAAGGAACAGGGAAGCCGUCGAUCGCGUCGCAGAAAGCGAAGAUCAACUAUUGGUGAAAGAUCCCAGGGAAAGUCUGAAGGAAAUAAUAGAUCAAUUCAAGUAUAUUAAGCACGAAUUGACUUCGGAGGAGGAUGACCAGUUCGAUGACAUCGCGGCUAAAUAUAUGGAGCGACCAAUUGCUGAAACGUUGCUGCAGUUCAACGAAGCCUUAAAGAGCUUGAUGCUGCGAAGAAGAAAGACAUUGUUGCCUGAGCAGGCAACCGACCUACGUGACAACAAAGAUGAUCGCACUUCAGAGAAUCCAUUGCAAACAAAUCAUGCGAAAAAAACCAGAAUUUUUAGAACAAAGCCAAAAGGCAGACAAGAGAGUGUCGCAGUAAGCAGGCCGAAACAUGAUCUCAACGCGGUCUCUAACGCAAACAAAGACACCAGUGCACCGGUAAGUGCCGAAGAGGUUUUAAUGAAUUCUCAACAACAUGACGACGAUAAGAUCUUAAGUAACGUCAGUAAAAUGGACCUCGCGUCGAGGAGAGGAAGUUCACAGAAAAAUACGAAAAAUAAUCGGAGCGAGUAAACGUUGUUUCUAAUCUGGAACAAUUGUACAGUCGUGACACAUGUAAAUACGUUUUUCUGUGAUAUCGAGAACGGUGUGUUUUUUCAUAUUUGCUCGCGCAUUACCAACACGGAAAGCGUAAGAUUUACUUCUCCUGCGUCUACGUGAGACAUAUUUCCGCGAUCAUCUCGAGUGCAAUAAUGAACACAAACAUGCUUACAUACACACGGACGAGUUACAGAGCAGUGUAACUCAUACAGUUUGAUAUUGUCUUUCCAAAUCAACUUUUGCAUUUAGAUUACCGCUUGAAGAACGUUUCAAUCUCUAUCCUGUCAGAUUAUACUAAAUGUUUCAUCAUGCUUGCGACAAGCCAAUUAUCCAGUUGUAAAAUGCUACUUUUUCUGCAAGAAUUAGCAUGCAAUCUUAAGUGGACAAUCGAUUGAUUUCCAUAUUGGUAUCUGCAGAGCAACCGAGUGCCUUACAAAAUCUCUUCCGCAGCUCAAGAAGAUGGUGAAUGUUAAUACACACGUAUGCACAAAUGGGUGUGCGUGUGUAGCCGUGUGUGUAUGCACAAUUAUACGAUGUAUUGAUAUUUUACACAUAAAAUGAAGUUGUUUAAUAUUAAAGUUGAUAAGUUUA